GUUAAUUGUGUGCACUGCUUUUUCUCAGACAGAUGAUUUGGAAGAUGAAUUGGUGAUGAUUUCCCAGUACCUUCUGUGUUAAGGGUACUUACCCCACUCCAAAGUAGCAAUGUUGCCAUGUGUAAAUGAUCUGGUAGUUACAGAACUAGAAGUCAUCCAUGAGGUUUCCAGGUAAGGAUCAUGGCAAACUCAGGGAAAGUUCUCCACUUGUAUGUGGAGGUGAGAUCUGUGGGUGAUGAAGAAGGGAAAGAGUUGAAAAAUAUGGUACAUGGGCCAGAUGUCUUCCCGCAGUCUCAGCAUGAAGCCCUGAACACUCCACGUAGCUUGGUGCCUCCAGCUGGGGAUCUACAUAAGGUGGGCAACAGUACACAGGGCCUUUUCACAAGUAAAUCUCCAUCCAGGCAUGCAGUCAGCUUACAAAUACAUCCAGGUGAAGAAGGACAGACAACCUCUCAACAUGGACAAUGUUUGCCUCAUGACAAGAUGUAUCAGUUGCUCUCUGCCCUUCAACCAGAGCUUAAAGGAGGUACAAGUACUCUUUCACAAACUCGCACUACUGAGACUGAGCCAUUCUGUGGGAGGGACUCUAGAAUUUGUGGACAUUUUACUGCCCCACCUACACCUAGUGGUGCUCGAAAGACCUACAGACAAGUGGGUGAAGGAAAACGGUCAAUUGUUACAUACAGCUAUAUAGAAAAAGCUAAUAUCAGGUCUGUGGGUGGUCAUCAUACCAUAUUGGGCCAAAAUGAGCCAGAGAAUCCAUUCAGAAAAGCUUUUAAUGAUCAAACGAUUCCCUUCCACUUCAGUGAAAAUUUCAGUGACCCAGCAGGGUUCAACAGGCAGGAAAUCUUUUGUAACGCCAACUCAAAGAAUACCCUGACAGGCUCAGUGAUCAAACCAAGGUGCACUCCCAAUUUCCAGCAUGAUAUGUUAAACUCAAUUGCAAGAAAUGCUACCCAUCGUGCUUUGGAAGAGUUUGGUUCCCCACAGCUCAGACGCCAACUGGCAACUGCCAAUCGACCUAAUAGAAAUUACGGCACUAUGCAUAGAGAACAGCAACGCUGCCAUUCAUGGUCUGGAUCUCCUGUGGUCUCGCGCAUUGCCAGAACUCUGCCUGCUAAUGCACAUCUAGUAGAUCUUGAUCAACACCGGCCUCUCUAUGGUAUUCCAAGGAACCCAGUAGCUCACAAGCUCUCUAGUGAUGCUAGACAGCCCUAUGUCAUAUCGUGCUCUACCAAUGUCCAAUCUCAAGCCAUCCCAAACCAGCAAGUGUGGAAGAGUGAUGAGACUCUUAGGCAAGGGUAUAGGCAUAGCCCAAUUUUGCCAUCCAGCAGGCCUACAGAUAUUCAACAUGAAAUUCCAAAUAAGACCAUUUCUCAACCACCACACAAGCAGAGAGUAGUUAAAAAAACAAGUCCCCGGCAAAACAACAAAGUUAAUUUUAGCCUAACCUCUUCCUCAAAUCAGCCAGCUUCCAGAGGCAACAAACUGCAUGGUGAGAAGAGUAUCUUAUCUGCGUCAAGCGCUGAAAUGACCCCUAACCUAGUAGAAAGAGCCACAAAGCCUUUGGAAGACAGGAAGUCAUAUUCCCCUACCUCAUCACUAUCAGAUACUGUGAAGUCAGACAGUACAAGGUCAGGACACCAGUCUACAGAAGAGUUUGCCCCAAGAACUUCAUCAGAGCGCAAUCUCUUUGCCCAGGACCAACACUGGGAAAAGGAGCCAGAUCAGACAAGAUAUUCUUCAGAUUGGGUUUCCCCACGUUUGUCCUACAGUGGAAGCAGAUCCCCAGCACUUUGUGCUAGUUUGCACCGAGUGGGUGUAAUUACUACCGCUGCAAUCCAAGAGCCACAACAAGAGAGAAGAGUAAUUCCAGGGAAGAACAGUCCUGUUUCAUUUCAACAUCAAUCCCCUCAUUAUACAAAAGACAACAACAUACCCAGGCAAGAAGACAGACACUAUGAUGCAAGGUAUGGCUGUGGUCUUAGAGACAGUCCAGAUAUUAUGAGACUCUGCACACAAUUUAGCACUAAUACACCAGUCAAAUCAACCUCUCAAUAUCACUCAACAGAACCACAUUUCUCAAGCGUUAGGGAAAACGCCAAUAAGGAGAACUCCUCUGGAGAUGGAGAUUCAUUAGGCAUGCCUUUAGUUAUGUUGAGCAAAGGAAGCAGAAAUGACACAACUGUUCUGAGCUCUGAAGAAAUCCAUUUCAUGGUGCCAGCACAAAAAGAGAUAAGAGUUGAAGGCCUGACAUGUGGGGAGCAGAGCAGUGCUUUAUCCCAAAGUUCCAGUGGAGUUACCGGCAGUCUGGUGGAGGUCAUUCAGCCUGAGAGAGACUCCUUUUCCCCAGUGACAUCCAGUCAGAGCAGUCGGAGAUGCAGUGGCACAGGGAACACAGCCAUACAUAUGGACAAUGGAUCAUCACUGCUAGGUCCUUCUUUGCACUCUCAAAAGAUUGCUCGUGCCAAAUGGGAGUUCCUGUUUGGGAAGCCUUUAGAAGACCACCAUGGAGUAACCGUUCCAGUCUCCUCCAUUGCACAUUGCAGUGGCUACUCCAGUGAGUCUCCUUGUGAGUUCACAGCACCUUAUUCCAGUGACAGACCAGAAUUCAAGAUCCAUGAACGUUCCAGCCGUGAUGUUCAACAGGUGGACGUGGAACCGGUCAACUCACCACUGUCUUCAGCAUUGGGCUCAUCCCCUAAGACUGGCAUCAUUAGGCGCACUAUCAAAUACUCAGAAACUGACCUGGAUGCAGUUCCCCAGCGUUGUUAUAGAGAGACAGACAUUGACGAAGUUAUACUAGCUGAGCAGGAGGAAAUGGACUCAGCAUUCAGCAGCAACCGUAGUGUACUGGCUACCUCUGGCACCAGCAGUGGCAGUCCUUUUGAGCGACUGUUCUGUUCGCAGACAAGUGAGGAAGAGGAACAGCUGCAGGAUGAAGAGAUGGUGAGCUGGGCAAGUGUGAGGAUGCAUUGUGACAGGAAGAGACAGCAAGCUGUGCAGGAGGGAGAUGAGGUGUUCAGCUGCUUGAUUGAAAGUUCCCAGAACUGCCUAUUGGACAGCCAUACUGCUCUAAAGUCUCCCAUAACUGUGGAAAGUCCUAGCAGGAUCUCCACAGAUGGCCUUGACUCUUUCAGCCGUCACUUUGAGAGCAUUAUGGAAUCUCACCGGGCCAAAGGCACCUCUUACAGCAGCCUGGACAGUGUAGACAUGGCCUCCAGUGGCCCAACCAUCUUUACCUUCGACCUCCCAACAUUGACCCCUGAGAUACAGAGCCAGAUUUGUAAGAGUGCCAAGCAAAUCAUAGAUUUGAGCUUUGCUCCCCUAAGACAGCCUGACACUCCUAGCCUUUUGACCCCUAGCACUUCUGAAGCGUUGGCUGGAACAGACAAGUGCAUGUCAGAAGAGGAGAGUGAGUUAACGGACAGUGUCCCCACUGAGAACCACAUUUCAUCUAAGUCUAACAUAGCGAUGACACAAAGGUCAGUGAGAAACUGGAGUGCAGUUUACUAAGCAUGGUAAAUCUUUUAUAAGAACAUUGGUGUCAUUUAUGUGCAGGAGCAAUGCAUUGUCUCAGUUUAUGAACUGUGUACAUCCCAAAUGCUCUUGAAUGAGUUUAUGACUUUGAUAUGCAUUUUCCACAUUAAUGAUUCAAAGUAGAGACGGUAGUCCAGAUGUAUGCACUGGCAUACACCGUUAUAACAGUUUUGUGUGUGUGUCAAAAGGACAUUUGUUUGAACACAGCAUUUAUUGCUUCUGUAAUUUGCU